GCCUGGCGGGUGGAGCGCCAGGAGUUUCGCCCUGCAGCAAGAUGAGGGCGGGCAGCGGAGGUUCCGGGCGGCGGCUGCGCGGGGCGCUGCGGCUGCUGAUGCGGGUCGGGUCGGUGCUGCUCACGCGCUUUCCGUUCUGGCACUGCUUCAGCGGCCUCCUUCUCAAUGCCGAGCGUGCCGAGGCCCGCAGGAAACCGGACAUCCCAGUCCCAUAUCUCUACUUUGAUAUGGGGGCUGCGGUUCUGUGCGCCAGCUUUAUGUCCUUUGGGGUGAAGCGCCGGUGGUUUGCCCUGGGGGCUGCUCUACAGCUGGCUGUCAGCACUUAUGCAGCGUAUCUUGGGGCCUAUGCACAUUACGGAGAUUGGCUGAAGGUUAGGAUGUAUUCACGGACGAUAGCCAUUAUUGGCGGCUUCUUGGUCUUGGCAAGUGGAGCUGGUGAGAUCUACCGCCAGAAACCCCGAAACAGGUCACUGCAGUCUACUGGGCAGGUUUUCAUUGGCAUCUACCUCAUUUGUGUGGCCUACACCCUUCAGCAUAGCAAGGAAGACCGCCUGGCCUAUCUCAGUGGCAUCCCAGGUGGGGAAAUCGCCUUACAGCUUCUCUUCGUCCUCUAUGGCGUCCUUGCCCUCUCCUUCCUGUCUGGUUAUUACAUCACUCUGGCAGCCCAGAUCCUGUCAGUCAUCCUCCCCCUGGUGGUGCUCUUCAUCGACGGCAAUUUGGGAUAUUGGCAUGACUCCCGACGAGUCGAGUUCUGGAACCAGAUGAAGUUGAUCGGGCAGAACAUUGGCAUCUUUGGGGCCGCCAUAAUUUUGGCCACUGAUGGCUGACAUUGGACCUCCGUGUGAGACCGGAGAUUACAGUGGUGGUUUUGGGGUGGGGAUGGGGUUGCAGAAGAGGGAAAAAAAGACUAAGUUUUUUAAAUCAUGUAUUUAUUUUUGGGUUUUUUGAUUGCAUUAUGAAAAUAUUUUGUUCGUCCCCUUUGCCAACUAAAUGAAGCAAAUGGAUUUUCUUCAAAA